CUUCCUUGGGAAGCUCUGCACCACCUCACCCCCACCCCUGCGCUGCUGGAGCCUGGGGCCACUCUGGUCUGCAGCCCAAAUCCUGCCUCGUUGUGCUGGGGGGCCAGGCUGGGGUUGGAGAGAGGGCCUGGCAGGACGAGUCAGCUGAGACUACUUCUGUACACGGAUGUGGAGUCAAAUGGAGAGCUGCCUGCAGGGCCAUACGAAGAUGUUGCUGUUCCACGUCAAGUUCUGCAGGAGGCCCCCUAUCAGCCUCCAGAGAGCCCUGAGGAGGUGGAACCUUCUCCAGUCCAGGAGGAAGCUGCGUCUCAGCCUCCAGAGAGCCCCGAGGAGGUGCAACCUUCACUUGAGCAGGAGGCCCAGGCUCAGCCUGCAGAGCAUCCUGAGGAGGCGGAACCUCCUCCAUUCCCUCAGGAGGCCCAGGCUCAGCCUGCAGAGCGCCCUGAGUAUGACUCUGCCCCACUCCAGCAAGAGGCCCCAGCGCAAGUUCCGGGGUCCCCUGGUGAGAAUGUACCUCAGUUUCCAGUGAGUGAAGAGGCAGCAGCUCGACCUGGAAGUAACUAUCCAGCUCACUCCAAGCUGUCCAGUGUUACACUUAAACCUGUGGAUUUGGAACUUAUGGUCACUCCAGAGCCUGCUAAGGAAGGCGAGUUUACCGCAGCCCAGCAGGAGCCCCGGCCUCAGCCUCCUGAAUAUUCUGUGGAGGCAGAACCUUCUCCAACCCCGCAGGAUGCCACAGGUCAGCCUCCAGAGCCUCCUGAGGAAGCUGAGCCUUCUCCAGGUGAACAGGGACGACCGGCUCAGCCUUAUGAGCCUAAUGGGGAAGUUGUACCCUUCUCAACCCAGCAGGAGAGCCCAGCUCAGCCCACAGAGCAUCCUGAGGUGGUGAACCCAGCCACCCAGCAGGAGAGCCCAGCUCAGUCUCCAGCAGAGAUAGAGCCUUCCGCAACCCAGCAGGAAAGCACAGCUCAGCGUCCACAGUCUCCCGCUGAGGCCGAACCCUCUCCAGCUCAUUCUCAAGAUCAUGUGACAACAGCUUCUCCUCCAGGCCAGGAUCAAGCUCAGUCUCUGCAGUGGCCCAGUGUCACUGUUAAACCUGUGGACCUUGCACUCACCAUAACUUCAGGGCCCACAAGUGAAGCUGGACCUUCUCCGCCCCAACAGGAGGCCUCAUCUCAGUCUGCAGGGUCCCCUGAGCAGUUGGAACCGUUACUGGUCGAGCAGGAGGUUCCGGAACAGCCUCCAGCCCCCUCAGGAAAUGGUGAACCUUCUCCAGUCCAGCUUGAGCCCCCAACUCAGCCUCCAGAGACCUCUACAGCUGCCACAGCUCAACAUCCAGUACAUAAUGAGGUGACGUUCUCACCUGCAGGGCCAGGUGAAGCUCAGCAUCCAGUGAUGCCUAGUACCAUAGGCAAACCCCUGGAUCUCACAGUUGUCAUCACUCCAGAGCCUGCUAAGGAGGCUGAAAGUUCCCCAGAGCAGCAGGAGGGCUCUGCUCAUUUUCCCGUUUCCCCCGAGCAGGCUGAAAUUUCUCCAGUCCAGUCUAAGCCUCUUUCUCCGUCUCCGGAGCACCCUGGGAAGGUUGAAUCUCCCAGGACAACAAGAGGCCACAGCUCAGACUACAGGUCCCCCUGAGGGGGUGGGGCUUUCUUCGGUCCAGGAGGAAGCCCCGUCUCAACCUCCAGAGCCACCUAAGGAGGUUGAGAUGACAGUUGGAAGACCAGGACAGAAUCACGCUCAGCAUUCCAGCUCGCCCAGUGUCACUCAUAAAGCUUUGGACCUGGGGCUGACCGAGGCCUGGCUCAGACGCAGCAGCCUGAGGGCACCAGGGAGGCCCGGCUGCAGCAGGGGCGGUGGGGUCUGUCCUCUCCCACCCUCAUCUCAGCAUCAGGAAAAUCUGUUCACUGUAGACUGGAGGGACUAGGGGCUGGAGACGGGGGAGAGCCAUGAAAACAGCUCCUUCCUUAAAAGAAAGGGUGGACAAAUCACUCCAUCGUUACUCUUCGUGUCUAGGGAGACAGAGAGAUGGAAAGAGAGACCAGGGUAAGGACUGAGACAAGAAUGAAAAAUACAGAGAAGCACAGAAGUACAGAGAGUCUAGACAGAAAGGUGCCAAGACAGAAAUAGAUACAGACACUGGGAGACAGAGAAACACACACCUGGAGGGUGUCUGGAUGGAAGGUGCUGGGAGACGGGGUGGGGCUGAGUCAGAACUGAUGUGGGGGGAUGGUCGUGCAGGAAGCCGAGCCGCUGAGGCCCUGAGGGUUUGGGGUCCUUGGGGAGUCUGGGACAGAAGGGCCUAGAGCCACGGGUUCCCCACCUACCAGUAUGGCCUAUCCAAGGACGGGGCUGGGGCUGAAGUAGGUGUGCGGAAGUGUAUCCAGUCCCCUCCCAAGGCUGCUGGCCUGGGGUCCCUGGAGCUGGGGACAGGUGCCUGCCUUUCCGCGUCCUCCUCCCGAACUGUGCCAGCUGGCCCCGUCCCCCCACCCCAGGCCAGUGUCAGGUUCCAGGCUGUUCCCCGGGGGAACUUUGAUCUGGAAAGAAUGAGGGUGACCGAGCUGGCGGCUGCCCAGGGCCGAGCCGUGCCACUGAGACCUGGCCUGGGCUGCCCCUGCCACCUUCCCACCUGUGGGGGCACCAGGCAGUCACUCCAGGGCUCAGGAGACACAGGUGGGGUCUCUUCUGCUUUCCUGCCCCCCUGUUCUCUCCACUUCCAUUCA